AUGAUGAUGGAAGGAGCUAGCAGUGGAGGGAUGCUGUACCACGAGGUGCAGGAGUCGAAGCUGUGUGCGGUGCAUUGUGUGAACACUGUUUUGCAGGGUCCGUUCUUCUCGGAGUUCGAUUUGGCCGCGCUCGCCUCUGAUCUCGAUCGCAAGGAGCGCCAGGUCAUGCUACCCGCACUCUCCUCUUCCGAUUUCGAAUCGCACAAUGUGUCGCUCGACGGCGAUUUCUCCCUCUGUCUUCUUUCUCGCACACGGACAUGCCAUAAUCUCCAACAAAUCACCUCCAAAUUCUUUUAUCCCCAAUUUUUAAUAAAACUCAAUUUCAAAAUGAGGAACCCUAACUCCACGUAA